AUGGAGAUUAGUAGAGAAAUUAAAGCCUUGCGCUCGUCUCUUAUUAACAUAAAGUCUUCGUUAGAGCAUGCCCACAAUCCAGCGUUCCACUACUUUACAAAAGAGCUGGGGAACCAGCUACUAUCUCUAAAUAAACUAGACCAGUUAAUGAACAAGCCCAACGCGGCCAAAGAAGACUUUCAUAAGGUUCUGGAAAAUACCGCCGCAGAGUCAUUUACACUUGUAUUCGAUAACAGGAAGGCCUUUGCUCAAAUGGAUUUGAGUAUUUUCAAGGGCAUAGAGCCAAUGAAAGGCAGAGAAGCACAAGCACCGUCAUACGCCAAACAGAGCCCAGGCGCAGGUAGUACUGAUAAAACCCCACCAAGAGAACUGUUGAACGACCCUUUGCGAUAG